UACGCGCCUGCGCAGUGGCCGCCCUCGGGUCUGAGCGCCGCCAUGUUGCUGUCGGGCCCUUUCCGAGCCGCCGUCUCCCACUCGGUGAAACAGAUCCGCUAUGUGCACAGGACAGCAAAGUGUGCAGGAGGCAAUGCAGCUUCAUAUGUGCACAGAGAUACUCCUGAUAAUAACCAAGAUACACCAUUUGACUUCACAGCAGAUAACCUCAAGCGGAUAGAGUCCAUCCUCAAUAACUAUCCAGAGGGGCAUAAAUCAGCAGCUGUAAUCCCAGUGUUAGAUCUUGCCCAGAGGCAGCAUGGUUGGCUGCCUAUUUCUGCCAUGAAUACGGUUGCUGAUAUUCUGAAAAUGCCACCAAUGAGGGUGUAUGAAGUAGCAACAUUUUACACCAUGUUUAAUCGGAAGUUUGUGGGAAAAUACCACAUUCAGAUCUGUACCACCACACCCUGCAUGCUGCGAAAUUCCGACAGCAUUGUAGAAUGCAUCAAGAAAAAGCUUGGUAUCUCAAUUGGGGAAACUACAUCAGAUAAACUCUUCACUAUCACAGAAGUGGAGUGCCUGGGUGCCUGUGUGAAUGCCCCAAUGGUCCAAAUUAAUGACAGCUAUUAUGAAGAUCUAACUCCCAAAGAUAUGGAGGAAAUAAUAGAUGACCUUAAAGCUGGCAAGAUCCCCAUACCUGGUCCAAGAAAUGGCCGUUUCUCCUGUGAGCCUGCUGGAGGUUUAACUUCAUUGACAGAACCACCCAAGGGACCGGGUUUUGGAGUUCGACCAGAUCUUUAAAUCUGUUUUCCUCUACAGAACAGAAUAAAACCAACAUGGGCAUUUGUGAAUAUAUAGCUCUCUUCCCAUUGUUAGACUUGUAUAUUUAUGCAAGUGUUUCUCCACAGCCUACACAUGUAAAUAAAAUGUUUAAUGUGAA